UGAAAGAAUUUCUACAUCUUUCUUAUUCUUCAAGUGUGCAUUUAAUUUAAUGCAAUGUCCACAUUGUACAAUACAUAGAAAUAUAUGAUUUAUAAUGAGUUUAUGGAGUCAUAUUAAAUACGCAUAAAUGAGUCACGCCGUAUACAUUAUCGGCAAUUAAAUUUUUCUCAAGAAUGAACACAGCGAAACGAUAUGCUGGACGCAAUUUUUUGCUGAUAGAUAGCGUAAAUUUUGAGCGAUCCUAUUGGUUGAACUAUACGCGGAGGGUAUGUAGCACUAUCACUCCAGGUAUAAAUUAACAAAAAGCGGUUACCAAUAAUCCAAUUGAUGUGGCCUAUGUGUUUUAAUUUAUGUUGGAGUAUAUACGGAGUGAUCAUUUUAGAGUAAUUGAGUGACGUGUUUAUUAAUUUUUUAAAAAAGUUAUCUAAAUCCUGGAUAAUUUUCAAGCUAUGGAAAGUAGUUCUUCUGAAUCGAGAAAAUCUAGUAAUUUAAAAAUGACUAAUAAACAAAUAAGAGAAGAUUACUUUGAUCAGUUACGGUCAUGGUUAACAACUGUACACAAUUAUCAAAUAUGUUACAAUCAUUUACAGCAAGAAUCAUUAAAAACAUUUCAAAAACAAAAUAAUUCUAACUCUUUAAAACGUGAUAGCAUACCUACACCAACUUGUACUGAACAGGAAGCCACUAUCGAUCCUAAUAAAUUUCAAGGUUAUAAAUGUAAAAUCCCACCAUUGUGGAAGCGUUUUACUGCAGAGUUCAUAGAUUUCAUUUUAUUAAGUCUUUUAAAAUUUAUUGUCGCCUAUUUUGCAGUUGAUUCUUUGGAAAUAGAUUUUACCAAGUAUAAUAGUAUAAUAAUGCAAGAUGAUUUUAAUGUUGAUUAUAAUACAGCAGUUGAAAUGACAUCCGAGUUGUUUUUCCUAGAAGUAACUCAUCGAUUAGUUGUAUGUUUUUAUGAGGUGUAUUGGUUACAAGGAGGAAGUACUUACCAUGGAGGUGCUACAAUAGGAAAAAUGUUAUUAGAUCUAUCAGUUGUACGUGCUGAAAAAAUAUGUCAUAUAAGAGGUCAACCACAAGAUAAUAUUGCUCUUACACCUGGUGGUGAUUUAGGUUGGAAGAGAUCUGUGUUGCGUUCUUUAACUAAAAAUUUGUUUUUUGCAUUUUUAUUUCCUUUGCCAUUUGUUACCGCUGCAGCUAAUCAAAAUAGAUGUGCAUAUGAUGUUUUGUGUGGAUCAAUGGUUGUAGAAUCUGUUCAGCCACUUUGCUGUGAACGCUCAGAACUUAUACCUAUAACAUAAUUCAUAAAAUAUAAUGACACUUUUUAUUAUUUAAAAAUAGAAUUGGUUUAUUGUACAUAAAAAUGUAAUAUAAUGUUAAGUAAUUAAUAGUUCUAUUAUUCUAUUAAAAAUGUAUAUGUCACAUAUUGUUUUGUAAUAAUAAUAGCAAAACACAAAUAUCAUCAUUUUUAAAAAUAAAUGUAUAAUUUGUAUAA